AUGGCUUCUGAUAGUAAAGCUUUAUUGGCAGAUGAAUUUCUUCAUGCACACAAUUGGGUGAGAAACAAGUACAAUCUACCGCCAUACACGUGGGAUGAGAAUCUUGAAAGUAUCGCUCGCAAAUAUCUCAUGGAGCGAUAUGAUGAUUGCAGGGUUAUCCAUUCAAAAUAUGGCUACGGUGAGAACUUGUUUUGGGGAAAGAAGUUACAUUGGACCCCUUCUGAUGUUAUAUAUUUUUGGUACACAGAAAAAGAUUGGUAUGAUUUUAACAAGCUUACUUGCACUCCACCACCACCAUCAAAACCAAAUCGUCCUCCAAAAAUGUGUGGUCAUUUCACACAAAUUGUAUGGAGAGACUCAUUGCGUGUUGGGUGUGGCCUACAACAUUGCAAUGAUCGUAAUGCUGGCAUGCUCAUUGCUUGUGAAUAUGACCCUCCUGGUAACUAUGCUAAUGAGAACCCUUUAGAACAACAUAUUUAG